AUGGCAGGAACAGGAGUUCCGCCAAUCAACAUCGAGGGCACCGCUGAUUGGUCAUCCUUGAGUAGGAUGAUGAACAGCAAGGGGAUUCAAUUCUCCAAAGCGAGGACGGCGGGUACCAGUGUGAAGGUAUUCACAAAUACACCAGCUGACUACCGUCAGCUAGUCGCACUGCUUGAAUCCAUCAAGCGGCCCUUCUUCACAUAUCAACUGAAGGAGGACAGGAUGGACCAGAGGGUCAUUCGUGGGCUUCCGAGAGAGAUGUCAGUCAAUGACAUCAAAGAGGAUCUGGAGAGCCAAGGCAUCGCAGACGCCGUGGUUCAGCAGCUGACCUCAAGGACCACAAAGAAGCCACUUCCGCUCUUCCUCGUCAAGACGAAGAUGCCGGAAAAGCUUGCAGAGAUCCAGAGGCUGGCCAUGCUCACGGUCAGCUUCGAGAGGAAGAAAAAGUCUUCCGAGCCCAGCCAGUGCUACCGCUGCCAGCGGUACGGGCACACACAGCGGAACUGCCGUCUCGCUGAACGGUGCGUUAAGUGUGGAGAGGACCACAACAGCACCAGCUGCAGUCUGCCAGCGGCCGCCAACAGGGCAACGAAACGCCAAGUGUUGCCUCUGUGGAGAAGGCCACCCCGCCAACUACAAGGGAUGUAG